AUGGGGGAAUCUCCAGAGAUAAAAGUGGAGGGGAGAGUGAAGAAGAGAAAGUGGAGGAACGUGCCUGAAACAGGUAAUAUAGAAGAGGAGAAGAAGAAGGAAGACGAGAUCUCCAAGAGCAGCAAAGUGACAGCAGCAUCAGAAGAAGGAGGAGGUGAGGCAAAGAGACCCCGUGUAGCAGGUACAAGAUCUUUUCCUCUGCAGAUCAGCAGCUACCGGCUCCAUGAAGAACUAGGGAAAGGAGCAUUUGGCAAGGUAAUGCUGGCAUCAUUAGCCGACAGCAGUGAGCGUGUGGCCAUUAAAAUCAUGCGGAAAGAAGAUCAGAAUAAAGAAUUGAUUGAAAAAGAGGCCCGAGUUCUGGAGGCAGCAAAAGGAUGCCCUUACCUGUGCCAACUCCAUGCAGCUUUCCAAACAGAGCGGCAUGCUUUCCUGGUCAUGGAGCACAUCAGUGGAGGAAGCCUGUGGGAUCUUAUUAAAGCAGGUCCUCUGAGCAUGGAGAGAAUCACCUUCUAUGCGGCAGAGAUGGUAUGUGGCCUGCAACAUCUUCAUGCAAAGGGCAUCGUUCAUCUGGAUCUGAAAUUAUUAAACGUACUUCUGACUGGAGAGGGCCAUAUCAAAAUCAUCGACUUUGGUCUAGUAGCUGAAAAUCAGUUUGGCCAAAGUACUACCUGUGGCCAUGCUGGAACCCUUUUGUACAUGGCUCCAGAGGUGCUGAUGAAGAAGAACUAUAAUGCUGGGGUAGACUGGUGGGCUUUUGGCUGUAUAGUGUACAGAAUGGCCACUCGCAGACUACCAUUUUUUUCCGGAGAAGAUCGAAAUCAACGGAUAAAAUCCAUCCUGCUUGACCAGCCAGAAUAUCCCGCGUGGCUUAACAGGACAUUAGAAGAUUUCCUGCAAAAGCUCCUAGAGAAGGUCCCUAAGAAGCGUCUUGGGGUCAACGGCAACAUCAGAGACCAUCCACUCUUUGAGCACAUCGACUGGGCAGCAGUGGAGAGCCGAAGCCUGAGACCACCUCUACCUCCGGAAAUAAAUGAUCAUUCUCCCUUCUUCAGCCCUACCAACGGCUUCAUCUGUGACCCUUCCACCGGCUCAAAUGGCGCUACAAGCAACAUCAUUUUGGGAUCUACAGUGCCAAGAACUCCAUCUGCUUCCCUCCCAUUGGACUCAUCUCUCUUCGGCUGA